AUGCGCUUGUCCAGGCAACGCGCAAGUCACCCAGUUCCGUUCCUCUGUAAUUCCGGCUGUCAUUUCGACCCUAGCUCAAACUAUAUACCAGGACUAUGCAGCAAGCGGAACGGCCGCCAGCUGAAGGAGGAGGUUGUCACCCGAAUAUUGAUAACCCCAACAUCUGAGCAGUAAACUCCCUGCCUAGAGGAUACGAACGGGAUUAUGUUGUACACAAAAUUAAUCAAUGGUCAACAUUUUGCCCAACAUAUCUUCUCAGUGUUAAUCUUGCUGGGAAUGAUAUUGGCAGUGCAGAGUCAGCAUGAAAAUUGUAGAGGUGGCUGGGUUCAGUUUGCAAUGGACCUGCGUGGUAGAUCAAGCUACGACGGACCCACAGAUUUUUACAUUUUUCCAGGCACAUCAUCAGCACGUCUUCCCACUUUGACAUGUAAAAUCGUAUGUUUCACCAUUCGGUCAAUGGGGCCUCUUGACCCACCUCUGUCGACAGCGUUCUGGUACUUCAACAACGCACCUGUUCAAGACAAUGCAUUGUUCAGGAUUGAACAGUAUGACAGAGACCUUCGCGCUGGAAGUCCCAAUGCUAUAGUAUACACCAGACAGAUGCACUGGCCAGCAACUAUCACUCAAUCUAUGGUCGGCACGUAUGAAUGCGGCUUUCGACGGCAAGGAGUACUUUCUUCGAGGACCACUGCAACUUUACAUGUUCCCAUUGUUCCAUACAUUACAUUCAUCAGUGGAUCCAUGACUAUCGUGUCCACAUCAUGGCAGGUGGGAUCAAUUGCCUUGGUGUGCAGAGCAAACGGCACGGGACCAUUGAAUAUGACAUGGACUAAGAAUGGAAGAAUACUACCAGCAUAUAAUGGUGCAAAUGGUUGGACACGCAAGCUUGGUGAUUACCUAACUGUGGACGACUCAGGGAUGUAUACUUGUACAGUAUCGUCGCCCUUUGGAAUUGCUUUAAAACAACUGACCAUCCUAGUACAAGAUAUUCCCAGGUUUCUUGUUGCCCCUAGACCCGCACUCAUUGUCCAGGAUACCCUAAGCGCAACUUCGGUCACUCUCAAUCUUCAAUCACCAUCAUUCAAAGGAAAUCUAUUUGUCACAAGUUAUAAAGUCAUUUGUAAACCAGAUGAAGAGUACAGAUCUUAUGUGAAGGACACUGUUCAAAGUGUUCCACUCAGUACUGUCACAAUUAUUGGACUUCAACCAGCCACCAAGUACACCUGCUGGUAUCAUGCAGAAAAUGCUGCUGGUCCAAGUGGUCCAAGUCCCAGCCUAAGACUGGAGACUCCCGAAUCAUCGGCUGCGGCACCCCAAGGCCUGACUGCUGUCUCAACAUCCCCGGGUCAUGCGACGAUAGGGUUUAAGCCAAUGCCACCUGCUCUUUCCCAUGGUACUCUCAUUGGCUAUGAGAUUAGUUACGAUGCAGUUGGGUGUAACAAAGUAGAAGAUUGUCAAUGUCAACUCUACAACUGUUCUCUGCACGGAUCUAUUCGAGUUCAUGAAAGUUGGGUCAGCAACUCAAUUUCACUAUCUGGCUUGCGACAUUUUACACAGUAUCAGAUUACUGCUGCAGCCAUUAAUGGAGUGGGUCUUGGUGUUAAAGCAAGGAGGUGGCUCAUAACUCAGAAGCCAGCCCCAGGACCAGUGAGGAAUUUGACAGCCAUACCCAUAUCAAGCUCUGCACUGCAGGCAAGAUGGCAAGCACCAGAAACAACUUACGGUGGUAGUCUAUACUACGUAAUUCAGUAUAGUGUUCUCAGAGGAGAUACUGAGGAGAGAGUGAGCAACGAUAUCAACAUUGCAAUGCCACUCUACACCAUAACUGGACUAAAGGAGAGCAGAAGUGUUUUGAUCACGGUGUUUGCUGUCAACUCGGUCGGUCCUGGACAUCGUGUCACUGUAGGCACUACAACAGCUGCAGUCAGAGUGCAACCUGAUGUCACUGAUAAACCAACUUAUCAACCAAUACCACCUGCUUUUUGCAAGUUACCCAGUGAAUUAGGGUGGGUUGUAUCUGUUGCAAGUACACCCACACCAGAAAUUAUCAAUCUGAUGAAACUGAACUUCUCAGCAAACAUUUCACUUAACGUCACAUGCAGAGAAGGCCUGUAUGUUUCUGGUAACUGGUCACAACGCCAUCAACUGAUCACAUGCCAGAAAAGUGGAAUGUGGACAAAGGAAAUCUCCGCUUGCUCAGCACCAGUUGAUACUGUGGUUGGUGACAGUCAUAGCCAAGGCAGAGUGGACAUUUCAGUUGCAGUCUCUAUCAUAAGAGGUAUUUUCUUCGCUGCCAGUGUUGCCCUGAACCUCAUCUUCUAUUUCAAGGUCUACAAUAAGAAAUGAUUGUCCUGGAUCGCAUUUCUCUGAAAGGAAAUACAAUUCUUCUCGCUGGAGACAAGCACAGACUCAUCUCUAAGGGCAGGCAAUGGAACAAGGUUACCCGAUGUCAUCAUGAUAAAUCCCUAACAAACUCUGUCAUCAUGACCAUUCCAAUCCGGCUAUUGCCAGAAGCAUACCAUUUUCACAACAUACAUGCCACAGCAUUUUUAAAUAGCUCCACCCCAACAGCGUGGUGCAUAAACUCACUGCACACAUACAUGUACUUGUGUAGCUAUCCAUACACAUUCAUGCAUAGCUAUCUACAUACAUCCCGCGCUUUGUUUUGCAAACUCUUGCUGUCAACUGCGCUGCAUGGUGUAUGCAUCUGGUUUCUGAUGGACUUCAUUUCCUUUGACUACAUACUGGUAUCUAGGAAGGAAACAGUGCGUAGCUGUGUCUCUGGGUUUCAAGAUUUAACCGAUCAUCAGA